CCGUCGCUGGCCCGUCGGGCUUAGGUUUGCGUCAAUCGCUUCGUAGGGACAUCAAGGGACAGCAAGGGACAUCGAACCGCAUCUCAUCGGAUAUCAUCCUAUAUCAUCGCAUUAAGCGAUAUGAAUGAUUCAUGAAUUCCAUAUAAGCAAGGGUAGAAUGUUAGUAUGCGCCCCAAACUGCUGGCCAGUGUUGUCUCGCCCAUCGUUCACAAGAAAAGUCUAUCCUCCACCCUGUCCAAGCACCGAUUCAUCAGCUUGUGAACAAUGCGUUUCUUCAACCAUACCGCGUUCCUUUUUCUGGGACUUCUUGCUACUGUGCAUGGAGCUCCUCUCGAAACCGCCCACAAAGAGCCAAACGAUGCGGUGGAAUCCUAUUCAGAGUCCAAAGUGCACCCGUCCAUGCGGGAUCCUUUCCAUGGUAUCUUAAGCGGCAGCAUUCCGAGCGCGGGCAUUAACGAUGGCUCUCCCAAGGACACUAAAAGAUUCGGAAAGCUCGACACUGAAAACAAUCCCUGGAAUACAAGAUACGAAGCAAUAGUCAUUGCUUUAAAUGCUGGCGGAAGUCUUCGGGCCCCCCCAGGAUUGAAGCUGAAGGCUCGACCUAGUCCGGCGGUGCCUACAAAAAUUCGAACACGAGUAGAGCAGUACUUUCAACACCAAUUUCCGAGGCUGAGAACUGUAGUCAAUUUCGCUGAGGACUCAUAUUACGAGUCAAAAGACUUCGAGCAAUCAUUCAGUAUUCUUUACAAGUGGAAAGGCGAGGAUCGUACAUGGAUGGCAAAUAUCUGAAUGAUGAGAAGGAUCAUCUGCGUCGCGGGAUCAUUUCGAUAACUCUUUCUUUCUUACCAUCAUUUACAUUUCUGUAUGAUGAAUGCCACAGAAAAUUUUUCUUCAGCGUCUUCGCCAACUAAACUUCGUCCACUAUCCCCAAAGCAGGAACGGCGUCUCGUCGUCUUUCUCGAUAAUGAAUUCCUUGAACUUACACGUGGCUACAAAAAAC